GGGUGAUCCUGCAGACUCCCCCCCAGCCUGUGUUUGAGGGAGACACUCUGACUCUGAGGUGUUUUAUCAGCAAUGGUUAUAAAGCUACCAUGGUUGUCUUUUAUAAAGAUAAUAACCAGUUACAGUACAGGGUUGGCACAGAGCUGAGUGUGGAUCGUGUUUCAAAGAGUGACGAGGGGUCCUACAAGUGCAGAGCAUGGUGGUGGAACACCGCUUCCUGGGCUGAAUCUUCGAGUGACUCUGCAGAGGUGCGGGUGUCAGUGAGAGAACGACCCCAGGCUGUCCUGACCCAGGAGCCUGCAUGGACACAGAUAUACGAAUCAGAGACCGUGGCACUGAGAUGUCAGGUUCAGGGGGGUUACACUGACUGGAGAUUCACAUGGUACAAAGCUGGGAGGAAUGCUCCAGUAACCCAGGAUUACUACAGCAGUAUAGAUGGUGACAGAUUCACAAUUAGCUCUGCUACUGGAGACCACAGUGGGGAAUAUACCUGUAAAUGUGAAAGGACAGGUAUCCCAUCGUACUCUAAAACAAGCCAUGCUCUUACACUGAGAGUAUCAGGUAAGGCAUUUCAAACACUCUGAAUUCUAACAUUCUGAUCCUCUCCUCUAUUGUAGACUCCAGACGGGGCUCUCUGUCUCCCGACUGCCUUCCUACCUGAGUGCUGUCUGCCCUGCCCCCUCUCUUUCUCCCUGCAUUUGUACCACAAACACACUGAGAGAGUUCCUCUAUUUACACUGCUCCUCCACCCUUCUUUCCUUCUCAUCGGUGUCAGUGCUGUCUGCCCUGCCCCCUCUCUUUCUCCCUGCAUUUGUACCACAAACACACUGAGAGAGUUCCUCUAUUUACACUGCUCCUCCGUCCUUCUUUCCUUCUCAUCGGUGUCAGUGCUGUCUGCCCCUCCAUUCCAUUUCUGUCACCUUCACACACUGAGAGGAUUCCUCAAUCUACAUUGAACUGUUCCUGCCUUCUCAUCAGUGAGACUGAGUACCCCGUCUCUGUCUGCCUCUAUCCUUUCACAAACACACACUGGGAAGGUAUUCAUGUCCC